ACAUCCACUCACAUGAGGGCGCUGUGUGUUUCCCCGCACAUCUCUUCACGGUAGUGCUGCGCUUGUUGGGAGCGGAUUGUAAACACACGGCUAUGGCUGCAGAGAGGGGCGGAGGCGACGACAACAUUAACGACGAAAUGGGGAACCAACUACAACUCCAGCCAGAAAAUGAAGAGGAAGAAGAGGAUGAUAUGGAGACGGAGGAUCGAGAUGGUGAGGAUGCAGAAAAGCCAAGUAUUAUAAACUUUGACACGAGUCUGCCAACUUCACACGCUUAUCUGGGCUCAGACAUGGAGGAGUUUCAUGGCCGUACCCUGCAUGAUGAGGACAGUGUGCAGAAUCUGCCGGUCCUUCCCCACAUCGCUCUCAUUCUGAUCCCAGGUCAGACGCUACCCUUGCAGCUUUUCCGACCACAGGAGGUCAGCAUGUUCCGCAACCUCAUAAGCCAAGACCGCACGUUUGCAGUGCUUGCACACAGUUCUGAUGCGAGUGGAGCGGAGAUAAAGGCAGAAUUUGGGACGACUGCAGAGAUCUAUGCCUUUCGUGAGGAACAGGAGUACGGGAUAGAGACAGUGAAGAUCAAAGCUAUUGGACGGCAGCGCUUCAGAGUGCAUGAAAUACGCACACAAGCAGAUGGGAUUCGUCAGGCAAAAGUACAGAUUUUACCUGAGAGGAUUCUUCCAGACCCUUUAUGUGCACUGCAAUUCCUGCCCCGCUUGCAUAUACACACACCACAGACCAAACAAUCACAAACACCACCACCGCAGGACCGGUGCAGCCAGAUUUAUAGACAGAAGAAGAUCCAUUGUGCAAGUAUGACCACGUGGCCUCCCUGGGUGUAUGCCUUAUAUGACUCUAAAACUCUCAUGAGCAGAGUAAAGAAACAACUCCAUGAAUGGGAUGAAAACCUCAAAGACGAGUCCUUGCCUACAAAUCCCACAGGUACACAGUGGGUACAGGCACACAGAUGCUUUUAGGC